AUGGGAGGGGAGAGGCCAGGGGAGAUGGGAGGGAAGAGGCCAGGGGAGAAGGGAGGGUAGAGGCCAGGGGAGAGGGGAGGGGAGAGGCCAGGGGAGAGGGGAGGGAAGAGGCCAGGGGAGAAGGGAGGGUAGAGGCCAGGGGAGAAGGGAGGGGAGAGGAGAGUGGCUUGGGGGAGAGACAUUAAUCUUGCAUCUGUUUCCGUUUCACACCCUGGAUACCAUUUGUGUUUGCUUUUGUGUGUGUGAAUGCGUGUGUGUGUGGAUGUGUGUGUGUGUAUGCACGUGUGUGUAUCCAUGUAUGUAUGUGUGUGCAUGCGUGUGUAUGCAUGUGUUUGUGUGUGUGUGAUUGCUUGCGUGUGACUCAGCUCUGAAUGGGUCUAUUGUAACACAGGGCUGCAUGGGGAGAUAGAUGGGAGAAAGGCCUGUUAGAAACAGCAAAGAGGUAGUGAGCACAGAGAGGGACAGUAUGGCAACACAGCUGGGGUUCCGAGAUACAGGUCAGGGCUUUGACCAAGAGAACGUGUGCUGUGUCCUCAACAUGCCUUUUAGUGGACACACAGCUUUGGGGGUAUGAUCUUUUGUGUACUUUGUGUGUGUCACUAUCUACAUGUUUGUGAGUGUGUAUUUGACUAAGGGUAUUUUGUGUGUUUGUGUUGAGACGUUUAUGAAGCAGCUCAGCUCCACCUCUCAGCUCUUAUGCUCUAAUUCAUCAUGACUCUGUGCUCAUUGCUCAUGUCUCUCCUCUCCUUCUUUUGUUGGCAGAAACAGGGGCCUUCAGUUGCCUGAGUCGAGGAAACAGAACAGAAUAUCGCCCAGAGAGAAGGAGGCAGACAACGCACGAAGGACUGACGUGGAUUACUGCAUUCACAAAGAUAGGGAAUGGCGACGUGAGAGCCAUGAGGGAGGAGAGCGAGGGGGUUUUGUUGCAUCUACACAUCAUUCCCUGAACACUGUUUCUACUAACACCUCCCUCCCCCUUCCUGCUCCACAAGCUUCCUAAGGGGGGUAACCCCUGAUAUGACCCCCAGCCCCCGUGGCAUCAGGUAGUCCUCCCACCAUGUCCUGGUAGAGCUCUAUGCCAACUCUAGUCCCAAAGCCUGGGAUAAACCCACAGAAGGCCAACGGACAGCCCCUAGACCACGAGGAUAAUUAAAUAUUCCUGAGUCAUUCCUGCUCUGUGGUUCUCAUUUCUCUCUGUGUGCUCUGAGUGGCAGGUUUGAAGGAAAGUGUCUCUCUCUGUCUUCCCAUCAAGCCCCUGCAGCAUUAAGGAUUCAAACAUAAUCCUAUCCCUGCUCUGACAUACAUUCCUUUCUUCCUUUGCCUAGUCUCUCACCUCUGCUCCUUUUGAUAUUUCUGAUUAUUUCGGUUUGAUCCCAGUCACGCCACUUUUGCCACCCGGCACGUUCUCCUCUGCGAUCACCACGUUUUCCUCAGUGUUCACCGCGUGGCAGACGACCAUGGGUUGCCGGCAGAGUUCGGAGGAGAAGGAGGCGGCGCGGCGCUCCCGGCGGAUCGACCGUCACCUGCGCUCGGAGAGCCAGCGGCAGCGGCGUGAGAUCAAGCUCCUUCUGCUGGGCACCAGCAACUCUGGCAAGAGCACUAUUGUCAAGCAGAUGAAGAUCAUCCACAGUGGAGGCUUCAAUCUGGACGCCUGCAAGGAAUACAAGCCCCUCAUCCUCUACAAUGCCAUUGACUCGCUCACACGGAUCAUCCGCGCCCUCGCCACGCUCAAGAUCGACUUCCACAACCCUGACCGCGCCUACGACGCCGUGCAGCUCUUCGCCCUGACCGGGCCGGCCGAGAGCAAAGGGGAGAUCACAGCGGAGCUGCAAGGGGUAAUGAAGCGCCUGUGGGACGACUCAGGGGUGCAGGAGUGCUUCUGCCGCUCCAACGAGUACCACCUGGAGGAUAACACUGCCUACUACCUGAACGACCUGGACCGCAUCUCCUCCAACGAGUUCAUCCCCACAGUGGAGGACAUUCUGCGCUCCCGCGACAUGACCACGGGCAUCGUGGAAAACAAGUUCACCUUCAAGGAGCUCACCUUCAAGAUGGUGGACGUGGGGGGGCAGCGCUCAGAGAGGAAGAAGUGGAUCCACUGCUUCGAGGGCGUAACCGCCAUCAUUUUCUGUGUGGAGCUAAGUGGCUAUGACCUCAAGCUCUAUGAAGACAACCAGACGGUAAGGGAAGCCAUGGGGCAACGCAUGCAACAUUAGCCAUUACACAACCAGUCAGUUCCUGUUCACACUCUGUCAUCACACCCUUGGGGCGUGCUGUUAUCUAUGGCACUGUGGUGUUCUCCUCUUCACACUUCUCAGGGUGGAUUACAAGGUCACUUCUUACCACACUACUUAUUUCCGCAGAAUUUAAUAUACUGGCCCAAGUUGACCUCUGGCAUGUGUCCUCAGAAUGUUGGAGGUAAAUUAUCAAGUAACAACCCCUAUCUAACCAUUCAAAGAGGAACAUAUAUCUGACAUUCUGUGUAGAUAUGAUAUUUAUACCGAGUGAAAGCAUGAAAAGGGAAGACUGUAUUCAUAGAUAGAGGGCUAACUGUUGUGAGAAGCAUUGAGAGCAGAUAACGCAAGAGCACAUGAGUCUGAUGUUAUCUCUGCUGCGGCAUUGCUACUUCUAUACAACCUUCUGCAUUUCCCUGAAUCCUACUUCUCAUAAAACAAUAUAGAAUGCUUCCGUCAUGGUCUACAGGAAGUUUCCUUAUCUACAAUAUAUUUCCCGGAAAACAUGUUAGUUACAGAGAGGUUUGGAUCUUAGCUGUUAGAGAAAGGAAGGGAAAGUUGCUGCUGUGACAGAUAACAACAGUGCAUCGCGUUCUUGUUUGUAACCUUUAGCUAUACUCUACCUUCCUGUGGCAAUUGUGGCCUGGAAAUUCACGUGUAACAUAAAUAAGACAAGAUGUACUAGGUCCUGGCUGAGUUAGUACAUGAAAUCAAUUAGUUUUAGUGAGUUAUAAAUACAUUAUUCAGAGGAAAAUGCAGUUAGGUGUUAAUUGAGUUCACAGUGUAAGGUGUGAGGGUGUACCUGUGAGAAUUAGCAGCUCACGAGGGCACUGUUCAGCUGUGGGACGUUGCAGGUGCAGGAACAAUUGACUUCCUGGAUGAGAUGGGGGGAAAUGAAGAGAGAGAAGGAGAGGAAGUCAGGAAUGGAGAAGGAAAAAAGGGAUUGUUAGGAAAUCAGAGCCCCACUCCUCCCCUCCCCUCCCCCGUCUCUGAGACCUCAGCCAGUGGACAUUAUUUACGAACUCUGGUUGUGGUUGACAGCCAUAGCUGAUUUGGGGCCUUAUCAGUCAAAUGUAUGUUGGAACAGUUUACACAGCUUUCCCCAUUAUUGCAAGAGGCUUUUUCAACCCAAUGUGUUUUGAAGGUUUGAGAGAUGGGCAUGAAUAAUAUGAAUACUAUUUUAAUUGUUAAUUAGAUCCUGUGUAAUGUUGAUAGACCUACACAGUGGUUAGUAUUCCAAUCAACGUCAUAUGAAGAGUUGUGUUUAGAGAAACAUUUUGUUCUGGUGCAAACUAAGUUCUGGUGAAUUUCAAGCCUUCAAGCACAUCAUAUGAUGUAUGAUGUUAGGAAUGACGAAAACAGCUCCAGCAGUAUUGGUGUCUGACUCUGACGCAUGUUUUUCUGUUAAUACACAACAUGGCCAAAAGUAGGUGGACACCCCUUCAAAUUAGUGGAUUCGGCUAUUUCAGCCACACCCGUUGCUGACAGGUGUAUGAAAUCGAGCACACAGCCAUGCAAUCUCCAUAUACAAACAUUGGCAGUAGAAUGGCCUUAGUGAAGAGCUCAGUGACUUUCAACGCGGCACCGUCAUAGGAUGCCACCUUUCCAACAAGUCAGUUGGUCAAAUUUCUGCCCUGCUAGAGCUACCCCGGUCAACUGUAAGUGCUGUUAUUGUGAAGUGGAAAUGUCAAGGAGCAACAACGGCUCAGCCGCGAAGUGGUAGGCCACACGAGCUUACAGAACGGGACUGUCGAGUGCUGAAGCGUGUAGCGCGUAAAAAUCGUCUGUCCUCGGUUGCAACACUCACUACCAAGUUCCAAACUGCCCCUGGAAGCAACGUCAGCACAAGAACUGUUCGUUGGGAGCUUCAUGAAAUGGAUUUCCAUGGCCGACAGCCGCACACAAGCCUAAGAUCACCAUGCGGAAUGGCAAGCGUCGGCUGGAGUGGUGUAAAGCUUGCCGCCGUUGGACUCUGGAGCAGUGGAAAACGCGUUCUCUGGAGUGAUGUCACGCUUCACCAUCUGGCAGUCCGACGGACUAAUCUGGGUUUGGCGGAUGCCAGGAGAACGCUACUUUGCCCAAUCCCAUAGUGCCAACUGUAAAGUUUGGUGGAGGAGGAAUACAUUUACCAUUUACAUUACUUUUUCAUUUAGCAGACGCUCUAUCCAGAGCGACUUACGUUAGUGACUACAUAUUUUUUAAUGCCCCCGUGGGAAUCGAACCACAACCGGCGUUGCAAACGAUGCUUCAAUGAGCUACAUCUACGGCCUGCACAUCCCUAACCUGACACCCCAUUGUGCGCCCCCAGGGAGUUCCGUGCGGGACGCUGAAGGCCUGAUUCGAACCAGGUCCUAGUCAGCAAUUAGCCUGCAAUCGUCUUGGCCACGCGCCACCAGGAAUAUGGCUGGGGCUGUUUCAUGUGGGCUAGGCCCUUUCGUCAGACAAAUGCCCCCAUGCACAAAGUGAGGUCCAUACAGAAAUGGUUUGUCGAGAUCGGUGUGGAAGAACUUGACUGGCCUGCACAUAGCCCUGACCUCAACCCCAUUGAGCACCUUUGGGAUGAAUUGGAACGCUGAAUGCUCGUGGCUGAAUCGAAGCAAGUCCCCGCAGCAAUGUUCUAACGUCUAGUGGAAAGCUUUCCCAGAAGAGUGGAGGCUGUUAUAGCAGCAAAGGAGGGACCAACUCCAUAUUAAUCCCCAUGAUUUUGGAAUGAGAUGUUCGACGAACAGGUGUCAACAUACUUCUGGUCAUGUAGUGUAUCUUGAAACCGUAACAUCAAAUCCUCACACACAAUGGACACAAAUCCUCGGGUAGCAUUAUGUCUCAAUGUGUCUCAUAAACCUUUGAAGCCAGAUUAGAAUGCGUCUGAAGACAGGCAGGGAUUGGCAAGGAGACUAGCAGGGAGACAUGGAGGGAGUCAGGGAGAGAGACAGCAUUAGGGCUGGCCCAGAUUCUCAGUGGCUGGCCUGCAGCCUAUCUCCCCAAGAUCCCCCUAUACCUCCUCUGAGGGAGUUGACACCGCUCAUUCUCAAAUAGCAAUCUCUCUCUCUUCCCACUCUCAAGAAGGAAUGACUCGGUCUUAGACAGGAAUAUAUUUUGAGGUAUUAAUUUUUUUUUGUGUGUAUCGGUGCAGAAAUCUUUCUUUGAUGGACUGUGAGACAAGAAGGAACGCCUGGCAUUAUUUCUAGGCAGUUUACUGAUGCCAUUGGUUUUUGUCAUUGUAUGUGUAUGUUUGAUGGUCUACGUUCAACUGUUAUUAAUCAAAAGGGACGGUGUUGGAUGGGUUGAGGUUGAAAGACAUUGUGAAACAGAGGGGGAAUGGGACUGCUAAGGAUAGAGGAGUCUUUAGGUUAGAGAUAGGGAGAGAGCGGGAAACAAAUGAUCAAGAUAAAGCUACCUAGAGAGCCAUAGCAGAACUGGGAGAAGAGUGACUGAGUGCUGAGGUUUCUCCACAAAGAAAAAGCGCUGGAUCUACAAUUACAUGAGUAAUGGAGCGGGUAUGGCACUAUAGUAUAACCUACUCAAUUCACUAACAACAGUCAUCAUUCAACCAUGCCCUAUAACAAAAUGGACCCAGUUGCAAUGGUUACCUUAAACUGCCAUAUUUCACAGCUGUUUUAACAUCCUUUGCGCAAUUGGCUGAUGUUGAAUGUAAAACAUGGAUUAUAUAAUUUUUUUUGCCAAGGCACGCUGGUACCUGAUUGGAUUAGAUAGCCCAUGUGAUGUUUCUCUGCCAUUGACAGACAAGACCAAAUGAUGAACAAAAUGAUGUAACAAGAGCAUAGCUAAUUGUUCAGCUUUGGAGUAUUGGUUUCUGUGAGCUGUAAUGACUUAUAGUGCUUGCCUAGUGCUUGAUCUAGGGGAGAGGUGAGAAGGGGAGAGGAGAGAAGAUAAGAGAGAGUGGGUAGGGUGUGUGUCUGCCUGGAGAUUUUAUCUGCAGGGAAAGGACAGGACAGGUCCAGAGGGAACAGUUUGGAUACAGGAGGCUAGGGGAACACAUGAUGACCUUUGACUAUGAUACGCUAACAUGUAAUAGAAGGCUGAAUGACAGCAAAGAGGGGAGUGCAGCAUCAGCUGAAAAACCAGCAGGAAAUGAAUUGGCAGAAUCAUGAGUACUGUAACCAUAGGAAUAGGAAUUAGAUCUCGACUCUCUCUUAUUCCAUCACAUGUAGUGUAGUACUGGAUCACUGGUAGGGCACGCUACACAGGGAUUUUAGAGAGGAUGUCUGUCUUUAUGAAAAAAAAUGACAGUCUUGCAAUUAUUUUCCCACCAACCCAUAUUCCCUGAUGCAUUUUCCCUGUCCCAUCCCUGUCUUCAUAAUGAAUUGGUUGCCAUGGCUUCAGUUGCCUAGCAACAGACCAGUCAAACGCUCCUAAUCCUGGGCUGUUGACAGUGAGCUGUGACUAGGGGGGAGGAGGACCGUACAACAUACAGCAGCACUGGAGUGAAUAGAUAUGAGGUGUGUGCACGUACGCGUGUUCUGCCUGCAUGGGUGCGUGUACUGUAAGUAAAUUACUGUUUGUAUGCGGUAGGGAGGGCUCAACAACUGGGUUGCAUACUGUGUGUAUGUGAGGUGAGAACAAAGUACAAGGGCUUGUUGGUUGGAGUGGUGUACAGUGGACAUACAUUUCAAAGAGCUGUUACAGUGACCUGUGAUUGCGCUCUAAGCCCCAUAGACAUAGUAGAGAUGUUAAAUUAAAGUGUCCAGUGACUCCAGAGAGGAUCCAGAAUAGGACCAUACUUAUCAACAGGUUUAAAAUCUCCUAAGGAGCGUAGGCAUACUUUCUCACGCUUCAAUUUAACAAGUUAAUAUAAAAAGUCCUAAUUAAACAAGUUAAGGUAAUACCAUUCUAUGUUAAUGAUUGGGGAAUUGUGUCUAAUUGGAAACUGGGUUUCACAGCAGAUAGGAUGACAUAGAGCAGGGGUAUUCAACUCUUACCCUACGAGGUCCGGAGCCUGCUGGUUUUCAGUUCUACCUAAUAAUGAAUUACACCCACCUGUAGUCCCAGGUCUAAAUCAGUCCCUGAUUAGAGGGGAAGGAUGAAGUGGAACAGGCUUCAAGGUCCAGAGUUGAGUUUGAGAGACAUAGAGUCAUUCCACUCUUGGCUUAGCUCUUGAAACACUCACCAACUAUGCAAGAAAGUGUAGUCAAGAUUUAAACAUAAUUUAUGAUCUCAAACUCAGUCAGUCCUUGCCUCUCAUAAUCCACAUAGAGCAUUUCUACAAAGCCACCUGUGUUGUUUUCUCCCACCCAUGCUUGUAAACCAGGAGCGUCAAACUCAUUCCACAGAGGGCCUAGUGUCUGCAGGUUGUUGUUUUUUCCCCUUUCAAUUAAGACCUAGACAACCAGGUGAGGGGAGUAUGUUACUAAUCAGUGACCUUAAUUAAUCAAUCAAGUACAAGGGAGGAGCGAAAACCUGCAGACACUCGGCCCUCCGUGGAAUGAGUUCGACACGUGACGUAAACCAACACACAAUAAAGUGCACUGUGUUGUAACCCAACACUUUUGCCUGUAAACAAUAGGGGUGUCUAGCAAGCAGUAGUAGCCAUGUGAGUUAUUCUUUAGAGUCCUUGAUGAAUGUAUACAUUGUAAAUCACAAUUAUUAUGGUAUGGGGAAUGUAUGGGGGACAUCAAUGAUAAUGAAACAUUGAAACUUACAAAUUACUUGUGGAACCUUCUUGAAUUCAAAUCAUCCUGGAAUUAAAUGUUGUUUAUAGGCUGCACAUUUAGUUGAAUCUUGCAGAACCCAAGGCUUUUGAUUGGAUGUUGCAAAGAGCAGCAGCACAGUGUACAGCCAGCGAGAGGAGAGGGAACUCAGCGACAAGAGAGAGGGAUGGGGUGGAGGAAAGAGAGCUAGAGACAGCUAAAGAGGAUCGGGUGAAAGGAGAGAGAGAAGGUAGCAUUACAAAACAAAGAGAGUGAGAGAGAGUGAUAUAUUACCUUGAUGAAUAAUAGUGUAUGUGUAUAGAGAGCCCUUUUCUUUGAGGCUCUGGCAAUUAUAUGGUAGUGCCAUAUGAAGCUAACCUUCAUUAAUUGAAUUAUGGAGGGGUGGCUGUUCACUCACUCCAGCGAUAUAUAUUUACUGGAAACAAAGCAUUAACACAGGGUUGAACCUCCUCAUUAAUACUUAAGCUUAGGCUUGUGUGUCUAGAGUGCUCAGGGAGAAGGGGCAGUUCCAGGAGGCCAUGGAGAGGGAGGGUGAUGGUGUGUGUAGGGGCUAUGGGAGGGGGGAGCUUCAUGCUGUGUGCUGCUACCCUGGUAUCCACUCCCCUUUCUCCCUCUCCCUCAGUGAAGCUGUAACUCUUACUAUGAUGGAGUGGGCAGGUACGGAGUAUAGAGGGUCCCAAAGCACAGUGAGUGGGCUGCUGCCUUCCUCUUCACGCAGCAGGGCUCUGGCGUAUAACCUCUGAGAACACGUGGAGGGCAGGAGCCACUGGCUCUGACCUUAUUUAGUGUACACUGCUCCGGGCCCUGAGCUCAGUCCCUAAAAUCAAAUCACUUUUUAUUUGUCACAUGCGCCGAAUACAACAGGUGUAGGCCGUCAUUGUAAAUAAGGAUUUGUUAUUAACUGACUUGCCUAGUUAAAUAAAGGUUAAAUAAAAAAAUAAAAAAUAAAAAAAUAUAGUGAAAUGCUUACUUAGAAGCCCUUAACCAACAAUGUAGUUUUAAGAGAAUUGAGUUAAGAAAAUAUUUACUAAAUAAAAUAAAAUAAAACAUAUAAAUAAUAAACAAGUAACACAAUAAAAUAACAAUAAUGAGGCUAUAUACAGGGGAUACUGGUACAUAAUCAAUGUGCGGGGUACAGGUUAGUCGAGGUAAUUUGAACAGGUAGGGGUAAAGUGACUAUGAAUAGAAAAUAAACAGCGAGUAGCAGCAGUGUCAAUGCAAAUAGUCUGGGUGGCCAUUUGAUUAAUUGUUCAGCAGUUUUAUGGCUUGGGGGUAGAAGCUGUUAAGGAGCCUUUUGGACCUAGACUUGGCGCUCCGGUACCACUUGACAUGCGGUAGCAGGGAGAACAGUCUAUGACUUGGGUGACUGGAGUCUUUGACCAUUUUUUGGGCCUUCCUCUGACACCGCCUAGUAUAUAGGUCCUGGAUGGCAGAAAGCGCCUUACGGUCGGAUGCCGAGCAGUUGCCAUACCAGGCGGUGAUGCAGCUGGUCAGGAUGCUCUCGAUGGUGCAGCUGUAUAACUUUUUGAGGAUCUGGGGACCCAUGCCAAAUCUUUUCAGUCUCCUGAGGGGGAAAAGGCAUGGCAUGCCCUCUUCACGACUUUCUUGGUGUAUUUGGACCAUGAUAGUUUGUUGGUGAUGUGGACACCAAGGAUGCCUACUUAUGCCAGAGAAAAGAGCCUGCGUCUCACGCCACUGCACCGGUUCCUGUUUGGAGAAUCCCUAAGCUCCACCAAGAGCUACUUUAGAUCCACAACAAGUCUGUAUAUUCAGAUGAUUGGUUCAUAGAAUUUAUAGUAUAAAGGCAUCUGAGUUUAUUUGCCUAGUCCCUUGUUUAACAUUGCACAUCUCUCUCUCUCUCUCUCUCCUCUCUCUCUCUCUCUCUCUCUCUCUCUCUCUCUCUCUCUCUCUCUCUUUCUUGAUCUUGUGAUUUGCUCAGAGCACCAUGAUGUUUUGUGUAACCUUUUAAACAGCAGCCCAGUCUUCGAAAUGAGCUCCUCCCUCAGUCACAAGCUACUGGAUACACACCACAUGCCUGCAGCCUCCCCAGCCCCAAAUAAAUAGAAAGCGCGCGUCGAUAUAUCUGCUGAUAAUUAUUCUGUCAAUAUCUGGAUUGAGCGCCUCUCGAAGAGCAGGCGCUAUCCUCGAUCUAGAGCUGGAUCUCUCUCUCCGUCUCGAGAGCUAGGUCCGUUUUCCUCUCUCUCCUCUCGCUCUCUCUCUCUCUCUCUCUCUCUCUCUCUCUCUCUCUUCUCUCUCUCUCUCUCUCUCACUCACUCACUCACUCACUCACUCACUCACUCACUCACUCACUCACACACACACACACACACACACACACACAAAGGCACAUUUUUGCAGUACGUCUACUGUUAAUAAUUUUAACACCGGGGGGCUUUACUGUAAUAUCAAAUCUAUCAGGCCUAAGGUUUUUGUUUAUCACAUAGAUAUUGUACAUCUUGGGAAAAGCAUAAUGCAUGACCGAGCUCUACUUGCUGCAUCUGUACUGAUGACGUCAGUCAGAUUGUUACAGUUUUUUACAAUCACUUUGGCACUAAUUUCAGAACCUUGACGUCAUUUUUCAAAACUCUAGACACAAAACUCAAAACGGUCAUCACUUGUAACACAGGCUGUCCAAUGUUCAAAACAUUGCAUUGUGCAUUCAUAUCUUUAAAGAAAUCUUGCACUUGCACAAUCAUUGGUUUGCACACAAAAAACUAAUUUAUUGUGAAAUACCAAUGAAACGUUAAUUUAGAUCACCCACACACAAGCAACCGAUAGUUUCACUGUGUCAUUGUUCGUAAGAUCAUUAAAUAUUGUAGUACAAAAUAGGUGAUACAUGUUUCAUUAUGGUACUACAUGUAAAUACAUCCCUGUAAAAGUACUGCAGUAGUAGAGAGAAUACUACAGACACAGUGGAAUCAUUGAACAAAAUCUGAAAUAUAUUGAUUUAAAACAAUACAGUACUGUAAAACAUCAAAUGCAGUGUUCCUCAACUUGCUUGCUUGUACAGUAAAAAGCAAAACAUAGGAGUGAUUACUGUACUUCUACAUUUUCAUCAACUCUGUCUUGUGGUUUUGGCCACAGGUUCUCAUCUACAUCACAAUGAAUGUUUUCAUUAGCCAAACAUCUUGGAAAAAACCUUUGGCCAUGGCGAAUUCAGGCCUGACACUGGUCUGCCGUGAUGUCAUUGCAUGCGUCAUCCAUGGCCUGGAGAAGAGUGACUUGUUCAUGAGGGCGCCUAUCAUAAACCUUCCAUCUCCAUGUGGAGAAGAAUUCCUCAAUCGGGUUAGGGAAAGGAGAGUAUGGGGGUAAAUACAGGGUGGUAAAUUGUGCAUGGGCCUGAAACCAUGCUUGCACCAUAUGAGCAUGGUGGAACCUGACAUUAUCCCACACAAUGACAUAGGUCACGCCACCAGCUCUACAGGCCUGAUCGAGCUCAUCAAGGAAGGUUACAAGGGGACCAUAGAAACUGUGUCUGAUAAAGAAUGAUGAUGAAAUAUUACAUCCAUAGAUAAUGUAGUCUAAUUGGUUCAUGCUCCACGCUAAUUGGUGACAAUGAAUCUCGUUACUUUGAAACUUUCAUGAUCUAAACAUGGAAUAUUGUUUGUCUGUUUCCAUACAACUAUGCAUUAAGAGCAAUGCAACAGUUACUUACCAUUUUGAGCAAUUGUAUCAAUUGAUAGUUGAAUAAUUGUAAUGAAAUGAAUAGACACUCAUCUGAAAUGUAAUGUGUGAAUUGCCUUUUGAAAUAGUAGUACUUUGAUGUUAAGUUGUGUCAUAUUGAACAGGUGACUUUUGUUAAAUGAACAAAUGAUCUUAGUUUUAUGUGUAUUGUAUCCAAGCAAUUGAAAAAAGUGUUAGUGUGAGUUUUGUGUCUAGAGUUUUGAAAAAUGACAUCAAGGUUCUGAAAUUAGUGCCAAAGUGAUUGUAAAAAACUGUAAUCAUUUCACAUUUGGCUGCACCAACUGCCCAGCAUGAUCAACAACUGUUUCCUUGUUGUUCUUCCAUCUAUGACAACUACUCUACCCAGGAAUAUGUGCAAAUAGUUUUCAGUACGCCAGGUAGCUUAGUGGUUAAGAGCGUUGUGCCAGUAACCGAAAGGUUGCUGGUUCUAAUCCCCAAGCCAACUAGGUGAAAAAUAUGUCUAUGUGCCCUUGAGCAAGGCACUUAACCCUAAUUGCUCUGGAUAAGAGCAUCUGCUAAAUGACAAAUAAUUAUUUUAGGGAGCUGUAAAAGUCAUUUUUGUUUUUACAUGUAAUGUGUUUUAGAGGUUUGAAACACAAACAUUCACCAAAAAUAGAAUUUUUUGCUAAAAGAACUGGCUCCCUUUCAGGAAUUUGGAAAACAUUUUAGGAGGAAAAUACAACUUAUCCUAGGGGUUUAGAUAAUGCACAGCUGACAUCUCUGAGGCAGCACAAAACAAAUGGGUCUUAGUCUGGUGGUAAAAAACGAAGAUCCACAAGAUUGCAUAUUGCGUAAUUUAAUAUGCCUCCAAAAAUACAAUCUAGCAAUCAUAGAACGAGAAGAGACAGUGAAGUUGUGUUUUGGGCAAAGCCAAUGUCAGGCAGGCUAUGCUUAUGCUUCCAUGGCUAAAGCGCAAGGGUUGAGUAAAUAUGUCAUCACUGAGUAUAUGUUGGGCUUAAGAGAUGUACUCAACCUAUCAAGUCUAUUCUGUCGCAUAGUCCACUUGUACACACUGGCAAUUGUUCCCGUACAUGGUUCAGUUCAACGUAACACACUGUGGAGAUUCCAUGAAACGUAAUACCUUUGAUUUGAGAUACAUUUCAUACUCAUCUGACCUAAAAAACAAGUCUUUGAUGUGUUCUUUUACUGUGCAUAGUUCCAGUAACUCAGUUAGUGCUGAUGUGGGCAGUAACAGUUCUCUACUCAUGCUAAGGUUGAAGUGAUAGAGAGAAGACAUGUGCUCUGUUUUCCUGGGGGAUGAGAGUUUUAAGUGCAGGUCUUUGUCUGACUGAGUCUCCAGUCCAUGUUUACACAACAUAGAAACCACACCUUUGGCUGCUCGAGUGGAAAUAUGUGACGUGCAGAGCAACAGCCACAAAUAUUUAUUUAUCUACACUACAGGCUCAAAACCUGUUCUCAUUUUCAAUGAGUUAUUGGCAACAUUGUAUUUUAUUUUUUGGCAGAUUUAACAGUUGAAGCAAAUCAUAUUCACAAUCAAUAUAAAUGACAGAUUAAAUACAUUGUAAUUAAUUUAACGCAAUCAAAGCUACAUACAGCCUGUAUGUAAAAUAGCAUUCAAAGGAUCCUGUGAGAUAGCUGGUUCAUUGUUUGUUCAGCAGCCUCUUUCUUUUACAUAUCAAUAGGCUGUGUCUCAUGUCAGUACGCAAACAAAUUUUUUCAUUAUUGCUUCUUCUCCCUCCCUCCCUCCCUCCCUCCUCUCUACAGAGUCGUAUGGCAGAGAGCCUGCGUCUGUUUGACUCCAUCUGCAACAACAACUGGUUCACUAACACCUCGCUCAUCCUCUUCCUCAACAAGAAGGACCUGUUGGCCGAGAAGAUCAAGCGCAUCCCUCUGACCGUGUGCUUCGCCGACUACAGAGGUCAGAACACCUACGAGGAAGCAGCGGUCUACGUGCAGCGGCAGUUUGAGGACCUCAACCGCAACAAGGAGACCAAGGAGAUCUACUCGCACUUCACCUGUGCCACAGACACCAGCAACAUCCAGUUUGUGUUCGACGCAGUCACGGACGUGAUCAUCCAGAACAAUCUCAAGUACAUUGGGCUGUGCUAG